AUUUGAUUAUCAGAAAGGCGACGUGGCGCCCUACCCCGAGUCCAAGUCAUAUGGUCAUCGCGGCAAGGCCGGCCACCUCCUCGCCGAAGCAUAUGGCUCGGACAAUCAUUGACGAGUCUGUAAAGUUAAUACGGCAUAUAAAAACAUGAUUUUGGUAAGCUAAUACUUGCCCACUCACCUUCCGUCCGGAUCAUGUCUAUUGGUGGGGAGAUACGAGGGAUCAAUCUAUCUAUCUACUCAACUUCAAGCGGCAAGCCAUCAUCGAUUGCUACCAUAAACAGGAGAAGAAGAGACAAAGAAGCAGUGAGCAAUGCUUCUUCUCCAAAUCUUCUUGUUCUUCUUCUCUCUUUCUCUGUAAUCUCACUCUUCUUUUACAUUUCCGCCAUUAAAGCGCUCGAUCCCUUCCCCACGAGGGAAAGCGGGCGAGCAAGGUGGUGUUCGCCUCCCCACCUUUCACGCACAUUAACACUCCAUCGCCCGCCCUCCUUUAUUAAACCGUCCUCUGCGAGAGGAAGCAAGCGGAGUAACCGUCUAAAGCAGAGGAGGUGGCACUGAUGGAGGUGAUUGGGCGUUGUUGCUUGCGGGAUUACCGAUUCUUUAUGAUUGCGGUGGUGACGGUGAUGGUGAUGGUGUCGUUGAGUGGCGUGACGGCGAUUCUGGACCCGAUUGAUUUUUUAGCCCUGCAGGCCAUCCGUAAGAGCCUCGAUGACAUGCCUGGCUCUGAAUUCUUCUCCGCCUGGGACUUCACCGGCGAUCCCUGCGACUUCCCUGGCGUGUUCUGCGUCCGGGAUCAUGUGGUAGCUCUUGCGCUCGGCGACCCGCGCGCCGGUGCGCCGGGACUCAAUGGACGACUCGAUCCUGCGCUCGGACGACUCUCUGCGCUUGCCGAGCUCUCCCUCGUCCCUGGCCGCGUUACCGGUCCCAUUCCUGACGCCCUUUCCAGCUGCUCCGAGCUCCGCUUCCUUGUUCUUAGCAACAACCUCCUCUCCGGUCCCGUUCCCACAAGCCUCGCCGGUCUCCCCCACCUUCGCACCCUCGAUCUCGGCUACAACCAGCUCACCGGCUCGAUCCCGGCGUCUAUCGCCUCCUCUCCGAAGCUCUCCAAUCUCAUCCUUUGCCACAACCAACUUUCCGGUUCUCUCCCUCCCUUCCCGACCUCCUCCCCGCUCCUACACCUCAACCUCAAGCAUAACCAGCUAUCCGGCCCCGUGCCGCCGCUUCCUCCUUCCCUCCAAUACCUCUCCCUCGGUUCCAACGCCCUCAACGGCAGAGUCGACACCGUGCUUCGGCGCCUCAUCCGUCUCAAUUUCCUUGACCUCAGCUCAAAUUUCCUCUACGGAUCGAUUCCCGGGGUCGUGUUCGGCUUCCCUCUCGCGGCGCUCCACCUGCAGCGUAACGCCUUCUCCGGUCCAGUGGAGCCCUCGCAAGAUGACGUCGUCAUCCCGGUGGUGGACCUGAGCUACAACCGGCUCUGGGGGGCCGUACCGCCGCAGCUGGCCUCGGUGAGCCGCCUAUAUCUCAACAACAACAGGUUCACCGGGGACGUACCCAACCGCCUGGUCCAGGGGCUCAACAAUGGCAUGAAACUGCUCUACCUGCAGCAUAACUUCUUGACAGGGAUCGAGAUCGGUCCGGCGACCGCUGCCCUCCCAGCCGGGACCGCGCUCUGCCUGCAUUAUAAUUGCAUGGUGCCACCCAUCGACACGCCCUGCCCGCUCAAGGCAGGGUCGCAGAGGAUGCGUCCCCUCGACCAGUGCCCCGAUCUGUGAGUCUAAUUGCUCGGUCACGCCAUUUCUGGAUUGAACGGGCACGAAGAACACACUCCGUUUUUGAACUAAAAAGGUAAUAAGUCAAAAAAAAAAAACUAAAUCAUUUAUAGAGUGAUCAAAUUUUACGAUUGAUUUUAGUUUUACCCGAGGAAGAAGAACGUUUACUAAUAACAUACUUUAUUUAGAAUAAAGGAUGGUGAAUUUGUAGUGGGUUCUGCUCCUAAUUAAGCUCCCAUGUUUUAUGUUUAAAACAUGGUCUUUUUUUUUACUUCUUUUGAGAUAGUUUUAUUAUUUAUGUAUGUUCAUAUUUCAUAAUGUGUGAAAUUGGGUUAUUAUUUUCAAGAAAGAAAACUAAUGUAUGAUAAGUUGUUGGUGAAGAGAUGAUAAUAUUAUUUAUUUGUG